AUGCAGAAAGUGGGAAAAAAUUUCAAGUUAGCAAUACAAGAAGAAAUAGAUAGAGGUGAAGAAAAUGAAAACAAUUUUAGAUUAUACUGUGAAAAAGUAUUAAUGGAGUUUUAUAAUUUAGUUGAUGUUUUCCCAACACUUCCGAGAAUGAUCAAGAUAAUGAAGACAUCAAAUGAUUCUGGAAUCACAUUAGUGGAUGUCAAGGGAGUUUGUAUUAGUGAUAACAAAGAAAUUUGGCACAUGGAAGUGUCAGGGCCGCCAAGUAAUCCUAUAACUCGCCAUACUGCUGAUGACACCAAAAAGACACUACACACCGACAUAUUGAAUUUGAUAAAUAUCUUGAGAAACCAUCUUGACCUUGAUGUAAAUAUAGCGAAAAAAAUCAAAGUUUUUAGUAUGCAGGUCAUUGCAUAUAGGUUAACAUUGUAUGCCUUUAGCAUGCUAGAGAAUGGCCAAUUUGUUGCAUAUAAGUUAGCAUCAGCGGAGUUGCCAUUUGAUUUUGACUCACGGUCGAAGUAUAUGGCAGUUAUGCGAAUAAUAGCCAUUUUUCAUGAAGCAAUUAUGGAUAAAAUUGAUCGUAUUCUUAUUCCUUGUAAAGACAAGAGCAUUCGUAGUGUUUUGAGGAUUCCUAAGCACUU